AUGAGUGAAAGACAAUCCAAAUCAGUGCAAGAUAGACACGAGCGCAUGCUGAAUGAGAUCGUUAAGAAUCCUAGCAACGAGCACUGUGCUGACUGUGGCGCUAAAAACCCUCGAUGGGCUUCUUACUCCCUCGGUGUAUUUUUGUGUAUUCGUUGUGCCGGUAUUCAUCGUAAAAUGGGAACACACAUCUCCAAAGUGAAAUCCAUCACCAUGGACCAAUGGACAAGUGAGCAGAUUGAGAUGAUGCGCACAUCAGGAGGAAACAUUGCAGUGAAUAGUAAAAUCAACCCCAACCCUGGUAACAAUCCACGCCCACUAGCUCAAGAUGAUGAACAUGCUAUGGAGAGAUAUAUCAGAGCAAAAUGGGAAAAACGUGCUUUCUUGGCCGAGAAUAAUAGAAUGGCACCUUUACCCAAGACACCCAUCUCUGUUCCAGCUGUUGCUAGACUACAAGCACUGCCCAAGAGAUCAUCGUCUGUGCCUAUCCUUGCAGCUUCUACGAGCAACAAUUCCAACAAUGUAUUGGCUUUAAAUCAACUGCGUGAAAUGGGAUUCAAGGAUGAGACCAAGAACCAGCAAAUCUUGUUGCAAACCCAAGGUAGUAUUGAAGCUGCUAUUGAAAUACUAUCAAGGUCGACAGUGCCAUCAUCAUCACCAUCACCAGCAAUGGCUCCACAGCAACAGCAAUUCAUGACAAUUGAUCAAAAAGUGGAACAGUUGAUGAAAUUGGGGUUUGUGGAUAGAAACAGUAAUAUGGAUGCUCUUCGUCGCUCGGGCGGUAAUAUGGACAUUGCCAUGACCAUUUUGAACGAAACAAAAAAUACCUUGCAGCAACAACAACAUCACCAAGAACCAUUUAGAUCAAACUCUGUACCCGUAUUAGGCAAUCAAUUGCUGAUAGAUGUGGAUUCGACACCUGCUACUACUACUACUACUACUACUACUACUAGUGCAAUGAGUAAUCCAUUUGCAAUGCAGCAGCAACCUCUUCAAAUUCAAUAUACAAUGCAGCAACCACAGCAGCAGCAGUCUUUCAUGUACCAACAACAGCAACAGCAGCAACCACAGUCAAUUGUGCAAAACAAUGUGUUUAGUAACCCUUUUGGAUUAACAGCGACAUCUACAUCUACUAUCGCCACCACAGCGAAUGCCACUACGCCUAAUUUAUCGUUUAAUCAAGCCAGCAUGGUGCAACAACCCAUACAACAACAGCAACAGCAAGCUAAUUUCUCUAAUCCAUUUUCUCAAAUGACGCCAAUGACUAGUUCGCCUUACACUAUCAACAAUAAUACCUCUUACUUUAUGCCAACGUCUACUACCCAGCCUCAGCAGCAGUCAUUCUUCAAUCAACAGCAACCUCAACCACAGCCGCUAUUCAUGCAGCAGCAACAGCCUCAGCAACAAUACCAAUACCAACAGCAGCAGCAGACAAUGAACCCUUGGUCAUCUUCCGCUGGCACACCAAACACUUUGUUUUAA